GCCUUCCUGUAAGCUCAGUCACAGAGAGAGAGAGAGCAACAUAAAAGAAGUAGAAGAUAAGGAUAGAGAGCGAGACAGUGUGGUGAAGCAAGCAAGCAACAGGGACCUACCACACACACAGACACAAACACAGUGCUCUCUGAGGUGAAACUGCACAUGAUUUUGUCACCCCAGAGCAGACGGACUGGGUUGAUGAAUGGACAGUAGUGAUUUAUGUACAGCUGGGUGUACUGGACAGAGGAGACCGUGUUGCUAAUACCCCUUAAAGUGUAUUUUACACCACUUUGAAGUUUUCUUUCCAGAGCUUUUGCUGCGGGGGACCAAUUGUAUACCCUUCAAGGAGAAAAUAAUACAAGGAGGACCAAAGGCUAAGAAAAUUGGACCAUCUCCAACUCCCCUUUUUAUUCUAUGGCGAGUCCUGUGGGAAACAUGUGUGAGGUGGACUGAGGGCUUGAAUGCCAAGCAGCAUUCCCUGAAGAAAAUGCAAACUCUUAUGAGACUUCCACUGCACCCAACUAUCGGAAAACUAUGAGGAGGAUCCAUUGCUUAGUGUGAGCAAAAGAGCAAGGAAGAGGGGGAUAGAGAACUCUACCAUCCACUCCUAUCUAAGGUCCCCCCCCCCCACACACACACACACAGAGCAGAAAGCAUGAAAAAUCCCACUAAUGGGUUUAUUUGCUGUCAGAUCUACGCCGAUUUGUCAUUCGCUGGGACCAUUUCACUUGACACAUUUCAUAGUUGAGUAAGCUGCUUGGCUUUCUGGCUAGAGUUAGCUGUGCUCCAGCUCCAGCAACACUCUGCUGCCAGGCUCAAAGCUCAUCGGGAAGAGAGCAGCAGGCAGCCAAACCAGGAGUCUUUCAGCCCUCAUAGUCGUUGCAGUCCUCCAGUUUGCACUCUAAUCAUCCUUUUUAGGGUCCUUUCAUUUUUGUAAUCGGGCAAUAGCUUUAUUCUUUCCAAUCGUUGGACAGUUUGGACAGACCAUUGGGCCAGUUGUCCAAAGAGGCUUCUUCACACGGUUCCAGGGAUAUUUGGGUUGAUUCAGUUUGUGUUUAAGAUGUGGUGUGGGCCACUGGUUGUGCUGGCUGCGGUGUUCUGGACCCAGUGUGUCCUGCUGGAAGGGGUGGACGCCAAGAAGGAGAGGAAGAGGCCGAAGGAGACCCCCCCACAGCACACAGAGGCGUACAACACUACUCUCUCCAACAGCGAAGAGGUGGGCGAGAGCACCAAGAUUCCUGACAACCAGAGAGUAGAUCCCCUGGGAUCAUGGAUGGACUUUGUGAAACGACCCGUAGACAACUUCCCUGGGAAAUGCCGCAAACGCAAAAGGCCACUGCCAGGACCACCAGGCCCUCCUGGUCCUCCAGGCCCCCAGGGGCCUCCUGGAUUCCCCGGGGCAGAGGUCACCCAGGAGGUCCUCCUCCAGGAGUUCAAAGAGAUGAUAAAAGAAGCUACAGAGAGGAGAGCUGCUGCAGUGGACAAGCAGACUAGUACCAGUCCUAGUCAGAUACCCAUGGCCCUCAUUGCCCUGGAAGGAAUGACCUCUUACAGGAGGAUAGAGGAAGCCUUCCACUGUAAACUUAUAGGACCUGUGGUUGUCGACAAGAAGACACUGAUGGAGCUACAAAAUUUUCAGACGCCUCCUGCUAAAGGUGCCUUCCUCAGAGGGACAGGAAUGGACCAAUCCACAGGACGAUUCACAGCUCCCGUUACAGGGAUCUACCAGCUCUCUGCUAAUGUUCAUAUUGACCACAACGAGGUAAAGAGGAGUAAGAGUCAGCUGAGAGCCAGGGAUAAUGUGCGAGUGCUGAUCUGCAUCGAAUCCCUGUGCCAUCGAUAUACGUCGUUAGAGAUGAUUGUUGGAUUGGAAAGUAACAGCAAGAUCUUCACAGUGUAUGUGCAAGGGUUGCUGGAGCUACAGAUUGGACAGUACACCUCCAUAUUUGUAGACAAUGGUGCUGGGGCAUCCAUCACAAUACAGAAUGGCUCUGACUUCAUGGGGAUGUUGCUGGGUGUAUAGCCUCACGUCCUGCCGUUGGGGCUGGGGGUAUUCCUUCCCUCUUCCCAUUGGACUCCAGGGCCCUGGCCAUGCAAGGCAUCUGUCUUACCUGUAUCUGCUUGGAUUACUAACAGAUGCUAUCUGCCAAUCCACAUCAUAGGAGGAGAAAGCAAAAGGCAUGAGCAGCAUUUGCAGCCAUUGAACUUCUCUACUUGGGGUAUCCUGGAAGAACCGUUUUGAAAGCUAAAGGACUGUCUCUCCCCAGACACCAUGAAAGCAAGCACUCCUAUGGGCCAAGAAAGACACUUGUGCAUACCAACAGACAAUCCUAAUAGAAGUCUUCACAUAUUCAAAUCACUCAAUGAACAUUUUGAAUUUGAAAUCACAAACGUAUUUUUAAUACAGUAAUAGCCUGAUAGGAAAUAUGCUAUAAUGAAUAUCAUUCAUGAAAUUGAAAGGUUUUUAUUAAUCUCUUUAAUGGAAUGGCAGUAGCUAAGAAAGUACAGUGCAUAGACUCUGUGAGUGUGUAUAAACACUGGAUGAUGCAAAGAUGCUCAGUAUGCAUUGUAUGGUUGCCCCAACUUCUCAGCUAGGGUUGAAGAAAUUCAGAAGCAUUUAGGAAAAUCCAACCAGUAGUUUUUGAAAACAAGGGAAUUUUGGGAAAGUUACCGGAAUUUUGCAACCCUAUUCUCAGCAAAGUGACCUCUACUGUAUGUUCUAUCUAGGGGGACUUUGUAUGUCUCAUGUGGAGUCUACAGCCCACUGAACAAAAUAGAGGAAACAUUGGCCUCUGUUUGGAACCAUUUUGUGGGAUUCAAACCCAAACUAAGGAAUGUGGUUAGAGCAUUGAAAUGAAAUGCAAGUAUGUUGGCCAUUCUGUUUCAUACCGCUGUACAGUGCCUUCAGAAAGUAUUUAUACCCCUUGACUUAUUCCACAUUUUGUUACAGCCUGAAUUCAAAAUGGAUUAAAUCAAUUUUUUUUCUACACACAAUACCCAAUAAUUACAUGUUUUCAGAAUUGUUUGCUAAUUUAUUGAAAAUUAAAUACAGAAAUAUCUGUCAAGCUCUGUCAAGUUGAUUGUUGAUCAUUGCUAGACAGCCAAUGUUCAAGUCUUAUCAUUGGUUUUCAAGCCAAUUUUAGUCAGAACUGUAACUAGGCCACUCAGGAACAUUCAAUGUCAUCUUGUUAAAUAACUCCAGUGUACUGUACAUUUGGCCUUGUGUUUUAGGUUACUGUCCUUCUGAAAGGUGAAUUUAUCUCCCAGUGUCUGUUGGAUUGCAGACUGAACCAAGUUUUCCUCUAGGAUUGUGUCUGUGCUUAGCUCUAUUCAGUUUAAUUUUAUCCUAAAAACUCCCUAGUCCUUGCCGAUGACAAGCAUACCCAUAACAUGAUGCAGCCACAACCAUGCUUGAAAAUAUGAAGAGGGGUACUCAGUGAUGUGUUGUGUUGGAUUUGCCCCAAACAUAACGCUUUGAAUUCAGGAAAUAAAGUUAAUUUCUUUUACAAUUAUUUUGCAGUUUUACUUGAGUGUUUUGUUGCAAACAGGAUGCAUGUUUUGGAAUAUUUGCAUUCUGUACAAGCUUCCUUCGUUUCACUGUCAUUUAGGUUUGUAUUGUGGAGUAACUACAGUGUUGUUGAUCCAUCUCCCGUUUUCUCCUCUCACAUCCAUUUAACUCUAACUAUUUUAAAGUCACCACAUCAAAAGUGUUAUUCAUAACUUCACCAUUCUCAAAGGGAUAUUCAAUGUCUGCUUUUUCAUUUUUCUAUCUACCAAUAAGUGCCCUUCUUUGCAAGGCAUUGGAAAAUCGCUCUCAUCUUUGUUUAAAAGUCACUGCUCGACUGAGGUACCUUGCAGAUAAUUGUAUGUGUGGGGUACAGAAAUUAGGUAAUCAUUCAAAAAUCAUGUUAAACACUAUUAUUGAGUCCAUGCAGCUUAUUAUGUGACUUGUUAAGCAAAUGUAUACUCCUGAAUAUAGGCUUGCCAUAACAAGGGGGUUGAAUACUUAUUGACUCAAGACUUUUCAGCUUUUUAUUUUGAAUUAAUUUGUAAACAUUUCUAAAAACACAAUUCCACGUUGACAUUAUGGGGUAUUGUGUAUAGGUCAGUAAAACAAUCUCAGUUGAAUACAUUUUAAAUUCCGUCUCUAAUACAACAAAAUCUGGAAAAAGUAAAUGGGUGUGAAUACUUCUGAAGGCACAGUAUUUAAUAUACCGUGUUUCCACGUAACGCUUAUGCCAAAUUAUAUAACUACCAUGAUCAAGCAGAAAAAAUGUUGCCUACUGUUUUAUAAAAUGGCAGUUGUUUCAUCAAAAGAGACUGACCAUGUUAUCUUAUUCAAUUAGAAAAUAAUCACAUUUUUGUGGUGUGUAUAUCUCUAUGUUUUUUUUGCCAUAUACUGUAGUUGAUGAAGUUGUCUUUAAACGAUGAUAAUAUUUCAUUAAUACACAUUGUUAAGAGUUGAGUUUGAACAUACAUAGAGUGUACGUUCAAAUGUAUCUACGCAUGUAAUGAAAAAUGGACAUGAAUAUCUUUUAUCACCGUAGGGAUCAAUUUACAGUUUCAAGACCACCACAGAUUGGAUUAUCAUUAUGUUUUAUACUGAUUUGCUUUUUAAUAGCUAAUAUGAUCCAAAUUAAACUAAGGUAAAAUA